CCCUUCACAGCUAUUUCCUAAACUGCAGCCAUCCCAAUUGCUUCGUGAACCGAUUUCACCUGCUUAAAUAAUACCGAUCAGAAUCCCAAACCGGCAUUGACGACCGAUCGAAGCAGCCUCGGGAUCAUCUGCCACGCCUCUCUCCUGCGCAUUACUCCCGACUCCCGACAUCUAGCCCUAUCGAUAUUAUUUCGGGUUCGAAAGCGCGGAAAAAGAGGCCCACAGGAAGUCAUCGACCCGCGGUGGAUGCAGCGGCAGAUAUUCCUCGCCCGAUCCCUUCGUUUCCCUUCAUCCCUUCGCUUCUCGAGCCCCUUCGGUGGCCUGCCUCUACACCGCUCCGCGCAUCUUGAACGCUCCCUAUCCCCAUUCCAUCCCUGGCUCGCGUCCCCUUCGGGAAAGAUGAGUGCCGACACGAGAAUGAUCUCCCGCCUCAUCGUCCUCUCCGGCCCCAGCGGCGUCGGCAAAAGCACCAUCAAAGAUCGCCUGAUGUCCGAAUACCCUGACAAGUUCGAGUUCAGCGUCAGCCACACCACGCGCGCGCCCCGCCGGAAAGCCAACGUCAGCGACGCCUUGGAGCAAGACGGCGAGGACUACUGGUUCGUGCCCAUGGAGCGGUUCGACGCCAUGGUCGCGAACGACGAGUUCGUUGAGCACGCGGUGUUCGGACGGAAUAAAUACGGGACGUCGAAGGCGGCGAUCGAGAAGAUUGCCGAUGCUGGACGCGUGUGCUUGCUGGAUAUCGAGAUGGAGGGCGUCAAACAAAUCCGAAACUCGACCCUUCCCGCGCGAUUCCUGUUCGUCGCGCCGCCGUCGGUGGAGGUGCUCGAGGGGCGGUUGCGCGGGCGGGCGACGGACGACGAGGACUCGAUCCAGCGGCGGUUGGACCAGGCGAAGCGGGAGAUCGAGUACGCGAACUCGGACGCCGUGCACGACAAGAUCGUGGUGAACGAUGAUCUAGAGACGGCAUAUCGGGAAGUGCGGGAUUUCUGUCUUCAGGGGUUUUGA